AUGAAGAAGAUAACCGAAACGAUUAAAAUCGGUAACAAAUCGCCGCCCGAGCAUAUAGCCGAAUCGAUAAUCUUCCUGAAGAAGCAUUUAGAUGAGAAUCUAACGCACGACUAUGCAAGCGUAGAAGACCCAGCUGAACUGUGGCAAGCCUUAAAGGAAAGGUUCGAUAAUCAGAGAGAAGUCAACCUCCCUCACGCUCUAGAAGAGUGGAAAAAUCUGAGGUUCCAAGAUUUUCAAAAGGUUGAGGAUUAUAAUUCCGCUGUCCUAAGGAUAGUUUCACUCUUGAAAUAUUGUGGUAACCCUGUCUCUGAGGCAAAAAUGAUGAAUAAAACAUACAACACUUUCCACAAACAGCUUCACUUCGUGCCCAAAAUUUACAGAAAAUGCGGGUACACGAGAUUUUCUGAAUUGAUGGUUGCGGUCAUGUUGGCUGAAAAGAACAAUGAGCUCCUGAUCAAAAACCCCAAUUCCCGACCUACGGGAGCCAAAGCAUUUCCUGAAGUGAAUGCUACGGCGAUAGAAAAUUCGGAAAGGAGAAACUAG